ACGUCACCACAUUUUCAUUAUCCAUAUCCAAAUACCAAAUCACACUACCGCGCCACCGCAUCCUUUAGUCGGAGCGUGUCACUCUAUCUAACGGCCACGCUUCAUCCCAACAACAAUUCAACCACCACUUUAUGAUUUUUCACGUUUCUACGCAAUCCAUCUAUCCCUUACCGUAAAAGAAAAUAACAUCAAAAAGGAAGAAGAAAAAGUUAGCGGUUCCGUUCGGUUAAGAACACAAAACUGCAGCAGAAUUGAAAGAAAUAACCUUAUUAACCGUUUUUCAUACACUUUAAUAAUUUCGUUUCGAUCUAAAUUUGAAUUUAAAUCUCAAUUUCGAAGAUUCUAGAAAAUGAUUAAGGCGUUUCUGGAUCGGGAUUAGGACUUUAGGGUUUUGGCUGAUUCAGAUUCCGAUCGGAAAUGUCCGAAACCAAUUCGCCACCUCGAACCUCCGGUUAUCUCGAUGCUCUCUCUCAAGCGAUCCACAAGAAGCUUCAGAGGGCGCUGGCUAGUUCCUCGCAGAGGCGUAAUUUGUUGCAGGAGCUCUUUGCUGAUAUUGCUUUAGAGGUUGAUGAUCGAGCCAAAGAUGUAAUUUUCCACAAGGAAGAAGAUAUCAUUUCUCCCGCAAAUGACGUCAUUGAUGGUCCGCUGUGUUUCUAUGAUGUGCUUGCUGAUUACUUUGUAAGUGUGCCUGAAAGUGGGAAGCCCGUCCUUGACUUGAUUGUCCAACUUUGGAGCCAGUCAUUUGCUUCGCAUAUUUUUAGCCUCUUGUUUCACAAAUGGAUGUUUGAAGUUCAUCUUGAUAAUCCAGAAGUGCUCCUUCGGUAUUCAUCUGCCCUGGUUCAAGGUGCCACAAAUGUUUUCUGGAUCGACAUUCAGACAAAUACAAAGCGUUUCCAGUCUAUAUUCCGAUACCUCUUGGAUGAUGUUGCAUUACACCACAGUAGAUUGAAUAAGAUUCCUCUUCAGGCUCAGCGAGAUAUGUAUCUUUUGCUCUCAAGGUUCAUUCUAUUUUACAAUUCAGCUGGCAAAAUCGACAGCUUCUUGAAACAAUGCCCUGUUUUUCAAACUGCCUUCUUAGUUGGCAGUCCUGCAGAUAUAUUUGUGAAUGAACUCACGGAUCAGCUUCAAAAGCUUAAGGUGGAACCUGUCCUGCUGCAUUAUCUUUCAGAAAUCAAGGUCCUUCAGGGUUUGGAAUUGAGAAUGACGACAAGUACGAGAUUGAAAACUUGUUUGUAUAGUUUUACUUCUCCUGGUGGUCCAAUGUACCCAACCAGAGCUGUUCGUCAUGCUGCCUGGGAAGCACUAGAUUUUCUUUUUCCGGUUGGGCAAUACCCUCGGCAUCUCAUAAGUCUGUUCUUCAGGUUGCUUUAUCCAUGGUAUUGGCCAUCCUCUUGUUGGAACUUUGUGGUUUCGUGCAUUCGGGCUAUCUUUUACUCCUUACUGGGGUUAUUAUUUUCUACGUGGGAAAAAUUUGCCAAGCCAAAAACCCAAUAAAUGUCCAUAUGUUCCAAGGGUAUUGGAGUACAUGCAUAGAAUUCAGAAUCCGAGUCAUCUUUGCCAACCAGCACGAAUGCCUUGCUUUUUGACCCUCUGAUAUUUCCUUUUUUCACCCAAUGUGAUGUGUAUAAAGCAAGCUUGUUAAUGCAAUGUAUAUUUUGUUCAAUUUGUUCACUAUGGCUUAGAAUAGGUUUACAAAUCCAAGUAAUAUAAUAUAACGUGAAAAGACCACUGAAAACACCUAAACAAGGAACUGCGAUUCGUAUACACUAUUCUACAAUGCUUUUGAGAGUAA